UGUGUCUCCCUGUUACCUGUACGAUGUAAAGUCUGUGCUGAAUUCAUUAGAGAGCACGGUUCCUUUAUGCGGACUGGUUUAUUACCGGCCGCUACUACAGAAGUGAUUAUUUUGGCCAUAACUUGAACAUAACUGAAUGGAACUGUUAUUUCUAUUCUCGGAUAUUUAUUCAAAGAUGUUCUUCUCGUAAAGUAAAGCAGCUUUUAAUUCUACCCUGCUUGAUUCCCAGGCUCGUCCUCGUAGCUUAUAAAUGUAACACUGAUCUCAGAUCUGUGCUCGUCAUCAGCGUAUAUUUAAAGCCCAGGUAACCGAAACGGAUCCAUUGUGUUCCGGUGUCCCGUCCCGCAGACCUACAUCUGAAAUGUCCGCUGCAACGUCUGUAUCGCUCGUCAGGAAUGUGCUGUCAGUCUGCCUCCUCGUUUCAAUCCGUGCAGACCAGAAAAUCAUCACAGCUGAGAGUGGACAGGCUGUCACUCUACCAUGUCGAGCUCCAAACAACAACAACAUCAUAGUUGUAGAGUGGAGCAGAGCUGACCUGAAGUCAGAUGAUGUCUUUUUGUACCGCGAUGAGCAGUUUGAUCCAGACAACCAGCAUCCAUCUUUUAAGAACCGGGUGGAUCUGCAGGACAGACAGAUGAAGGAUGGAGACGUGUCUUUGAUUCUGAAGGAUGUGACGAUUAAUGACACUGGAACAUACGAGUGUCGUGUCAUUGUGGGAGAAACAUACUCAUGGAAACCCAUCAGUAUCGUCACACUGAAAGUUGUUCCUCCAGGAGGACCUGUUGGACUGAUCGUCGGUCUGAUUGUUCCUGCUGUGCUUCUUGUUGCUGCUGUUGUUGGUUUUCUGAUCUACAGAAAACAUAAACGACAGAACCGAGAUUUUAACUAGCAUCCUGAUGAACAUCAGCAAGUUUGAAAUGUCUCAGAGCUUCUUUCAUGUUGAUGCUGGGUAAGAGAAGCCUACAUUAGGCAGAAAGGCAGGAGUAAAGCACACUGAAGAAACUUAAACACUAGAGUCAAAGUAGAAAACCAGAAGAGUUGCUUCAGAGAUUUCACAGCUAAAUAAAAGCUAAUGUCCCAAAAGUACAAAGGAAUUAAAAUUGUAAAAUCAAUUAUUAAAAGUUGCAGGUUAAAAAUAAAUCACAUUGUCCUACAUCUGUGGGAGAGUCCUAAGAAAUUAAACCCAAAGUCAUCCAGGAAGGAUCACUUUUUUUUUACAUUUUUAAUCAGCAGGCUGAGAAGUUGACAGAAGAGACUGAAUAAUGUUGCAAAAGUGUUAAAGCCUUCACCUUUACUGUUUUUAACAUCUAUUGUUAUGUAUUUACUUCUAACACUGAG